AAUCAAAACAAAAUGAGCCAAAUUGAAAGCAUUUGGGGAAAGGUUCAGCUAAAAUCGUCUCCUGAGAAGUUCUUUGGCUUCUUCAGGAACCAUAUGGGCGAUUUGGUCCAUAUGUUCCCUGACCACUUCCAGAGCUUCCACUUUGUUGAAGGACAAAACUUCGACGAUGGCAGCGUCGUGCACUGGAAAUACCACCUCGGAAUUCCAGAAGCAGUAAAGAUAAAGAUGAAGAAUAGGGAUGAAGCAAGGACCAUAAUUUAUGAAGUUGUUGAAGGAGAUGCACUAAAGCAUUACAAAGUUUUCAGAGCCAAACUUGAAACUGUUAGUGGAGGGUUAAACAAAGUGGGAGGAAGCUUUGCAAAAUGGACAAUUGAGUAUGAAAAGGCUCAUGAAAACGUUCCUUCACCAGAAACCUACAUGGAAUUGGCUCUCAAAGUCAGCAAAGGUCUCGAUGCUUAUCUUUAUCGGAACUAAACCUCUAUAACAACUAAGUGCAUGCCCUAAGUUAAUGCCUUUUCUACUUGGAACUUUUAUGUGUAAUGUAAUGUUAUGUUGUAUAAUUAUGUGGGCUUUGGUGAAAAUGUGUGUUUAUAUUUGAUC